AUGGAUAAAGCUGACUCCAAUGGCAUUGAAAGUGGUGUUUUCAAUACUGCUGAUUUAGAAGAGGUUCCCCAUGGGGUUCAAAGACAAGCUACUGUUUUAGAGGACUACCAAUUUCCUACUCACAGACUCCAAGAUAAAAUGGUCGACGACUCUAAAGUCCCUCUUGUUAUCGUUGCUUGCGGCUCUUUUUCUCCAAUAACUUAUCUCCAUUUAAGAAUGUUUGAAAUGGCUCUUGACUCUAUUAGAGAGGACACAAACUACGAAGUGAUCGGUGGUUACUAUUCUCCUGUCUCUGAUUUCUACAAGAAAAAGGGUUUGGCCAAUUCCAUCCACAGAGUGAGAAUGUGCGAAUUGGCUUGUGAAAGAACUAGCGGUUGGCUAAUGGUAGACAGCUGGGAGACUUUACAGCCAACAUAUACAAGAACCGCACUAGUUCUUGAUCACUUUAACCAAGAAUUAAACCAAAACAGAGGUGGAAUAUUCAAUACAACCUCAAAAUCAAAGAGGAAAAUAGAAAUCAUGUUGCUAGCUGGUGGUGAUUUAAUAGAAAGUAUGGGUGAACCUGAUGUUUGGGCUGAUGAUGACUUGCACCAUAUCUUGGGCAAAUACGGUUGUUUAAUAGUGGAAAGAACUGGCAGUGAUGUUAGAAGCUUUCUCUUAUCCCACGAUAUAAUGUAUGAGCAUCGAAGAAAUAUAUUGGUUAUAAAACAGUUGAUUUAUAACGAUAUCAGCUCUACAAAAGUCCGUUUGUUUCUAAGAAGGAAUAUGUCCGUUAGAUAUUUGCUACCGAAUAGUGUCAUCAGAUAUAUCAAAGAAAAUGAUUUAUAUGUCCAUGAAACUGAACCCGUUAAACAAGUCUUAGAUAGAAAAGAGUAUAGAUAA